AACAUCGUCUUCAGGUAUAUCCCAGCGCCAAGUAGCGACCGUAUUCCACUUCUUGAUGGUGACCUUCAUGAUGUUUUGGAGGAAGAGAAGUCACGGGAUCGAUCUGGUAGAGAUGAGGAUUUCUGGAGCUAGGAUCGAGACUCGAAGUGGUCGUGCAACCUUUGAGUGAAGAAAGGGUCAAGGUUUGAAGCACUAACGCAGACGCGGGGAGGCACAUGAGCUCAGGUUGACAAGGUGAGAGGCCCAGACUCCAACCGAGUGGAUUGGGCUGUAGUGGUGGGUGGGCGCCUAUCCGUUUGGCGCUUCAGUGACCUCAUCCGCUGAGAGCCACCCACUGAACAAGCUGUAGCCCGCUGUAGAAACCCCUCCGACUCCGUCAUCGUCCACCGUUGGAAAUGCCUGAUGGAGGUGGUCCAAGCUCCUCACGAUUUCGCCAACCUCGCCCGCACUUGCGCGAAAGGUAUCAUCCAUCCAAAGUUGACUCGAUUGGUCGUUAACCUCUCGUCAUCAACCUCACUCGCCUCACGUCAAGUCCACCAGACAACUUUGCGGUACUCUCCCGCCGACGAAUGAGGACGCAGACGGACAGUUAAGCCUUUUGCUAACUGUCUCUUCCUACAGUGUCUGGCCUGCGAAUUUAUAUUUCGUUUGGCUCUGACUCUUAUCAAUCGCUCAGGAACUUGCCCUACAUCAAGUCACUGAGUCCGACGAACUCCCGCCACCUCUUCAUAUCCUAAACACAACAUCUAUACGAUGGCGUCUAUCGCAUUCUGCCGCUCAGCAAGAGCUGGCAUUCCUCAAUGGGGCUCCAAGGUUUUCCGACCUUCCCUGCUCACCCGCCGAAACUUCUCAUCCUAUCUCGUUACCCCGAAAGAGCUUCACGAAGCCCUCAAGAAGAACCCUCCGUCACCGAUCAGCACCGAUCCUCGAGUCAUUCCUCUCUGCGCAUCAUGGUUUCUCCCCAACGAUGGCCGAUCCGGUAUCCAAACGUUUCGCGAGCAGAGAAUUCCCAAGGCCCGGUUCUUUGACCUAGAUAAGGUCAUUGACAAGCGCAGUCCCUAUCCGCACAUGCUUCCUAACCCCAAAGGCUUCGCUGCUGCCAUGAGCGAGUUGGGUAUCCGAAAAGAGGACAUUGUGGUGGUGUACGACAGCAAGGAGCUUGGUAUUUUCAGCGCACCGCGUGUGGGCUGGACCAUGAAGGUUUUCGGCCAUGACAAGGUUCACGUACUAAACAACUUCAAGCUGUGGGUGGAUCAGGGUCUGCCUACCGAGUCGGGGGAACUCUACAGUAUCGAGUGUUAUCCUUACCAGAUUCCCGAGAUGGAAGAGAACCGAGUUGCAAGCUUCCAGCAGGUCAAGGAAAUCGCACAGGACUACAACAAGGAGGGCGCUGAGGGCGUUCAAAUUCUUGAUGCCCGACCCUAUGGACGUUUCACUGGUGAAGCCCCUGAGCCCCGCGAGGGUCUUUCCUCUGGUCACAUUCCUGGAUCUAUCAACAUCCCCUUCAGCUCUGUUCUGGACCCUGAAACCAAGGCUUUCCUCCCUAAGGAUCAACUGAAGAAGCUGUUUGCGGAGAAGGGUGUUGACCCUCAAAAACCUAUCAUUUCAAGUUGUGGUACUGGUGUGACUGCCUGUGUUAUUGAUACUGCACUUGAUGAGGCUGGCGUUGGUUCCCCUGACUCCAGGAGGGUCUACGAUGGCAGUUGGACUGAGUGGGCUCAACGGGUGCAACCUUCAGAAAACUUGAUUGUCAAGACAACGAAGGAGUAAUGUGACUUGGUGUCUGGUCUAAAAGACGGUGAAUACCAAGUAGUCGAGCUGCGAUACCCUCAUUAAUGAUGGCCUGUGGUGAACAGGCGUGUACGAAGAAGAGCAUGGAUUCCCAAUUCCCCUCCGUGGUUUAGUUCUGUGUCUGGUUCAGGUCUCCAUUGAAGGACGAGAAAAAUGGCUCAUGGUUGUCCUCUAGCAUUCCCACACUUUUGCAUUAUUUUUCAGUAUAUAUAUGUGUGUAUACGUGAAGCAAUUGACUGAUGGAAUUGUCAAUAUUGAGUCUGAGUCUGAGCCUGAG